AUGUCUCUCUCAUGUAAUGCCGUAUCAAAUCCCUCUUUUGAAACCGGCGUCCUGGGCCCAUGGCAUCCAUCCGCAGUGAAUGUGGCCAAAAUCAGCAACGGAGCAAUUGCUUACAGUGGUGACUAUUACCUUGAUCUCCAAACCGCAGUAGGAAACCGCGGCAACACCAUCUCCCAGGGCCUAAGACACCUCAAGCCUCACACGGAGUACAAAUUCAGUGUUCAGGCUCAAAUUCCAUCGCCUUCCGGCUCAGAGUAUUGCUCGGUAUAUGUGUACAUGGGCCGCAAUGCAACAAUCGGCAGCAUUGCCUCGGCGCAGCUGUUCAAUUUUGGGAAGUGGACAGAGGUCACAGGGAGCUAUGUACCAAAGAGGGAGAAUGAUAUCCUGAGUAUUGUCGCUGCUUGUGAUUCGGAGGAUUCGUCAGUUACAGGACAUGUUUUGCUUGAUGAUGUUAGCUUUAUCCGGGGUGAUUGUGCGUAUGGUUUAGUCUAG